UCUUGAAUGAUGAACAUCUUUGGUAGAGGCAGUUCUGCCAAACCCUUGACCCCAAAUACAAGAAAACUGCACACAUGGAAUGUUCCCAUUUGGCUCCCCUAGGGACCAAAGAAAGUUUGGUUUGAAAAAAAAAAAAACACACGAUCGAGAGAAACAACAGCCAGAGUACAAGUAUAACAUUCUUUACGUACCAAACAACCCCUUUUUGUCCCCUUUUAGAAACAGGAUAAAUUUGAUCAAGUUUCGAGCUUUGGCCAUGAUGAGCAGAAACCCAGUUGCUAAUAUGUCCUUGCUUCAUUCUUCUUCUUCUUCUCCACUUCUCCUCCAUGGAUUUCAAGUUGUUAGGCUUUGUUGCACUUCUUCUUCUUCUUCUGCUGUUGGGUUCCAGUUGUUGCGGGGGACAAAAUCUGGUUCCUGGUUACUACAAAGAGACAUGUCCGGCGGCAGAAGCCAUUGUUAGGUACAACGUUGAGGCUGCUGUGGUGAAGCGACCCCGGCUCGCUGCAUCCCUCAUUCGCCUCCAUUUCCACGACUGCUUCGUCAUGGGUUGUGAUGGAUCUUUGCUUUUGGAUAGAAAAGGUCAGAUGCAGAGUGAAAAGGAUGCGUUCCCAAACGCCAACUCGUUGCAUGGAUUUGAGGUGGUUGAUAAGAUCAAGAGUGAUUUGGAACAAGCUUGCCCUUCUACGGUCUCUUGUGCUGAUAUUUUGGCCAUUGCUGCUCGUGAUGCCGUCGUUUUGAGAGGAGGACCAAGAUGGGAAGUUUUGGUAGGGAGAAAGGAUUCACUGAAUGCAAGCAUUGAUGCAGCCAAUGACUUGUUGCCUUCCCCAAAUUCCACCUUAAAGGAACUCACAGACAACUUCAAACAACAGGGCCUUGGCAUCAAAGAUCUGGUGGCUUUAUCAGGCGCCCAUACCCUGGGGAAGGCAAGAUGCUCGAGCUUCAAUGGAAGACUCCACGACCUCCUCAAGGCCCAAACCAACGACAAGUACCAAAGACACACAACCUUUCUCCAAACCCUGAGUUCCAUAUGCCCAAAGAACGACCAAGAACUGGCGCCGUUGGAUCUUCAGACACCAGCCAGAUUCGACAACCAAUACUACCUCAACAUCCUCGAAGGCAGAGGCCUGUUGGGCUCUGAUGAUGUUCUUGUCUCCGAGAAGGAUGGCGUGGUUAUGGGCCUAGUAUGGGCUUAUGCUUUGGACGAGGAGCUCUUCUUUCGAGAGUUUGCAAAGUCCAUGAUCAAGAUGGGAAACAACAAUGUGCUCAUGGGAAGCCAAGGGGAAGUUAGGAAGGAUUGUAGGUUUGUUAACAUACCCUAGCUCUCUUUAGCUUGGUGAAAAAAUGGGUUGCAAGAAAUGAACAAAGAAAAACACUAACACAUUGAUAAAUGAGUUGGUUUGGGUCGGUUCAUAAUGGGUCUUAGCUCACGUUUGUUAGCCAAUAAGACCAUCCGCAAUGUGGGUGGAGGAAAAUGUGAAAAAAGAAGAAAAAGUGGGAAAAUUGGAUGAUUUGGUCAGAGUGUGGUGGUGGGAAAAGUGGGUAAUCAUUUUAGUAUUUUUUUGUUAAAAUCAAUCUAUAGUUGAUUUUGUCACUUUAUUUUCAUAUAAUGAUCAUUAUUAUUACGUACUUAGUGAUAAUUAAUUAAUACGAACAUUUUGACAUAAUUUUUUUUAAUUUAGACAUAUUUUUUUUCAUCACUAAUUAAGUAUGACAUCAUCAAUGACAAAAUCACAAUUAUAGGAGGAGACAAAAACACAGCUUUCCAAACAAGCCUUUGCUAAAAUCAGAAAAAAGGUUGUCCUUUCCCAUCCGCCACUUCCCCCCACCAUUUGUCUCAUGUGAUGGGUUUUCCCACCCACUAAACCCACAAAACCCAUUUGAUCCCCUAUUCCCCCCACAUUGUGGUCACAUUUCCCCUUUUUCCACAAAACCAACCCACGCUGUGGGUGGUCUAAUGGAUCUGUUCAUAGUUGUCAUGCCAAUCGAUUUUGAAUCUGGUUUAACCAGUAUCGAUCAUGAAAUUGACAUAACACUACCGGUAUGACCAACAUGAUCGACUUACAUAUUCUAAGCAAAAUGACAUCGUUUUAGUGAAUUUAGUUAAUAAAAAAAUUUAUUUUUUUAUGAAUUUAAACGUUAAUAGUUGAUGUUAUUUGUUGAAUUGAAAGUAAAUUAUCCUCAAAUAUGUUUCAUAUAUGAUCAAAUUCAUUGGGAAUAUGCCAAUACAGUACUAUCACACUAGUAUCCUCACAGCUAUGGGGAAUAUGAUUGGGAAGCUCAUCAAGAUUGACUUCCACACACAAACUGCUCAACGAGGUAAAUUUGCCAGAAUAGCAAUUGAGAUUGACAUUUCGAAGCCGCUUAUCCCAAACUUCUAUCUUAUGAUUGCUUGCAAAUGGUUGAGUAUGAGAAUCUUCCCAAUGUUUGUUUCUCCUGUGGAAGAAUUAACCAUGGAAAAGAUGAUUGUGCUCCUGGUUUUGCUCUCCAAUAAAAUCUCGCACUUAUAAAAAAAAAAAAGGGUAAAAUCGGAAGGUAGGAGCAGAGGCGUUCCAUAAUUUUCAUUAGUUUAGAAGAUGAUAAUUAUCAACCUUGUUUCUCGAUUGACGUUCCAUUUUUAAACUAAUCAAAUUUAAAUUACCCAAUCGAACUACGCGAACUUUGAUCUCAAGAUGUCGGGUACGUAGGCGAUCGAAAGAUUCAAGUCCAUACAACUCCUAAAAUAUUAUUUUAUCAUAUUACACAAAUCAUUACCGAUGGGUACAUGAUCAAUUAAUCGCCUAACCUAUUUAAACAAUUUACGAUCGAUGGAUCGUGUUCAAAUUAAAUAACUAUUACGUACCGAUGGGUACGUGAUCAAUACUUUUCUAAUCCAUCUCAAACAUAUUACGAUCGAUGGAUCGUCAUCAAAUUAAGAAACCAUUACGUACCGAUGGGUCGUAAGCAAACGUUUUAAAAUAACUAAAUGUCCGGCGAACUACGAGGGCUUUGAUCCCGAGAUGUCGGGUACGUAGGCGGCCUACGGGUCCAAGUCCACUAAUAAAUAAACCUUUUUUCUCCUAAAUCUCACCAAAAAUAAUAGUAAAUUCUUCCAACAUAAUUACAUGUUGAUGAACAUGUAAUAUAUUUUACAAGUGACAUUUCAUAUGCGUAGUAAAUCCAAAUAGUUUCAAACAAACAAAUAUCAAAUAAAAAGACAAAUCAAACUUAUAGUACCGAUUUAGGGCGAUGUAAGGGUGCUAAUACCUUCCUUACUCGUAACCGACCCCCGAACCCAUAAAUCCAUUUCGCAGACAGAGCCGAGUUAAUACGCCCCUGGGGGGUGUAUGUUUAUCAAAGUCACGCAGCUAACGACUCAAUCGAAGAAUCGAUUGAGCUCGAAUCAAGAACGAAGCGUUCUUAAUACGAACUUGGAUCAAGCGGAACCAAAAGGACAAAUCCACACCUGGGGAUAGCUCGAUUGGUAUAAGAGGGUAGUUGCUCGACCACGAUUGAAGAACAUCGAUUCUGCUAGCUCCUCUGCCGCCAUCGUUUCUGUUUUUUUUUUCUUUUUCUUUGUUUUUGCGGCUGCAGAAUCGCGCGAAACACAACCUCCUUUCUCGCCCUGACUUGAACGGGGCUCUGAUACCACUUAAUACGCCCCUGGCGGGGUGUAUGUUAUCAAAGUCACGCAGCUAACGACUCAAUCGAAGGAUCGAUUGAGCUCGAAUCAAGAACGACGCGUUCUUAAUACGAACUUGGAUAAAACGGAACCAAAAGGACGAUUCCACACCUGGGGAACGCUCGAUUGGUAUAAAAGGUAGAUGCCCGACCACGAUUGAAGUGACUAUUCAAUCGAUACAAGAGCUCACGAGCUUGGAAUCCACCAAACUCAACACAAGUCGCAACUUGCACAAAAACCAAAAGGUUCUCAAUUCGAUUAAUCAAAGUCCCAGUUUUUACAACGUAAAUAAAAGGUAUUUAAAGGC